AUGAAAAAGAACACAGGUGCUUGGAGUGAUCUAGCAAAGUCGCGGAAGCGCGUGAAGACGGGCAAGGGCGGCUAUAUUGAGCAGAACGACGUCAAUGUCGGUGUCAUCCAAGGCCGCAACGACGAUGGGGAGAUGGUUCAGACCAUUGAACGAUCAUCUUACACACCAUCGGCGCCGUUGGAAGCAAUGGGCGAUCUCACCACGCAGUUACCUCCCGUCUCUCGCUCGCCCUCACCUGCAGGUAGCCCUGCAGGUACCGCGAUGGACAUAGACCGCCCAGAUAUGGAGAGCACGGAUCUUAACGGCGGCAGCCGGGAGGACGACGUUGACGCUGAAACUGACUUGGAGUCGCAAGCCGAAACGGAGGCGGACGACGUCGACAGUAUAGCUGAGGACGGACUCUCUACCAGUCGGGCGCCCAUCAGGGCCUGGAUGCGGAAGCGCAAGGACUUCCUGACCGAGCUCAUACGGCUUGACGGUCGCGCCGAAGCCGCAACACUUGCGACAGAGAACAAAUGUCGGAAUCCCAAAUGCCGUGAUACGCGCACACAUCGCAAGUUCUAUAGGUGUCUCUCGGGCUGCAUGCGCUGCGACUGGAUGUGCCGAGGUUGUAUCGUGAAGAAGCACAGCGAUCUACCGCUCCAUCGCGUUGAGAUAUGGCUCGAAGGCCAUUGGCAGCAAACUACGCUGCGCAAACUGGGAGUCAGCGUCUCUUUCGGGCAUAACGGGAAGCCUUGUCCACAGCCACGUAGGACCAUCGAUGAUUUUGUCGUCAUACAUACCAACGGGCUGCACGAGGUCAAGGCGGUCUUCUGUGGCUGUACGUUCGAGUACAUCCCCGUACGUGACCAGCUUCUGCGAGCGCGAUGGUGGCCGGCCACAGUCCAUCAGCCGCAGACGGCGGCGACAUUCGAGGCUCUGGAUGCGUUCGAUGCGCUAGGAGGCGCAGGAAAAACAAACGCUUACGAGUACUACAACUCGCUGUGUCUUCUAACGGAUGCUACAGGCCUGCACAAACUGCCGGAUCGCUACAAAGAGUUCACGCGGAUAACGCACGAGUGGCGGCACAUACAUCAAUGCAAGCGCGCCGGCAGAGGGCAUGACCGCUUCGGGGGAAUCGAAGAGACUGAAGCGGGAGAUCUGGCCGUGUUAUGUCCGACAUGCCCGCACGAAGGACUGAACACCGACAUCGAAGAGCUUCUGCGAGAUAUAUCACCACAUCUGGUGAGAGAGAAGCCAAACUUUGAGCGGGUUCUGGUCGCGAUGGACUGUAACUUUCGGACGCGCAACAGAGAGAACCGCUCCGAUAGCAAGACGAGUCCGACGUUAGGAAACGGCAUGGCGUAUAUGGUUCCUGAAGCCGAGUAUGACGCGUUCACUGAGAAUAGCAAGCAUCAACAAGAGAUGAGCAGCUGUUCGAGAUUCGGCGCCAUGAUACUUGCGAACCUCAAGAAAGGGAAGGGAUACAGGACAACCGGCAUUGGCGGCGUGUUCUGUUCGAGGCACGGGUACUGGUGGCCGAACUCAGUGGGCACUCUGAUCAAAGGCGAACGGUACUGUACGAUGGAUUUUAUUCUGGCGGCGGUAGCUCUGCGGCUGAGGACGUCUAACGUGCACAUCGCGUAUGACAUCAUCUGUCAGUACGCGAAGAACUUACUUUCGCGGCUUGAAACCGUCGAGGAAGGUUCAUUCAUCUACGAGGGCGCGCAGAAGUUACUACACGACCUCGAAAAGACGUACGCGGUGCCCAAGUUCCAUAACCCGGGCCACAAGGAGCUGUGCCAACAGUGGUUCAAUAUUUCGUUUCAAAAGUAUUGCGGGCAGACGGACGGUGAGACGUCGGAGCGUGCAUGGGCAGGUCUCAACCCCGCGACGUCUAGUAUGAGAGAGAUGGGUCCCGGGCGAAUGCGGGACACGAUCGACUUCUACUGUGGAAUAUGGAAUUGGAGAAAGACUAUCGGGAUGGGGCCGUUCUUGCAGAAGAAGUUGGAGAUUGCACUCGCUGAGGGAGAGGAUCACAGCGAGAUCUACACCGGCUUGCGCGAGGUUCUUCUGGAGGAGGACUACGAGAAGUGUAUGGCGUGGAUCAACAGCGUCUUGCGAUGGGAAGCGAGAGACGAAGACGGCAAAGUAGACGGCCAGGUCGUCUCAAAUCCGUACAAACCUUUGGCGAAGCCGAUAACCCUCCAUCAAGCUCGGCUGCGGAGUGCUCAAGCUAUGAACGACGCACUGAACAACGUGGGCGCGGCGGCCAGUCAGUCGAGCGCGACGCAAACGGCAUCUCCAGAGGUGACGAACUUCAUCUUACUUGGGUUCAAGAUCGAACUCCUGCAACUACGUGGACAGGCUGCGCGCAGCGCAAAUACAGCAUUGCAAAAAGCUCAGAAGAUCGAAAACGAUAACGAGCUUCUCCGCCAAAUAGCCGUCUUCCGAAAACAGCAACAGUGGAUCAUGCCGUUGGUUUACGCCGGCCUGAAGGAGUUGGAGGGCGACGAGUCAGAUGAGCGGGAGGAGGGCGUCGAGGAUGAUGCCGAAGACAAGGAUAGCGGCGAAGAUUUGAACACGGUGAGGCUGGAGGCGAGCGCAACAGGCCUAUACCUACCGUCGGAGCUGCCAGUUGAAUUGGCGGUUCAACAGCAUCGCGAUAUGCUAUUGGAGGAGCUCCGCUUGCGCUGGGGUGGACUAUCGGAUAGCAUCAUCAUGGUCCGCCAGAACCUGCAGAUUCGCGGUGUGGUCCAUCUUUUCAGAAAGGGGAGCACACGAGGACAACGGGGGGCGACGCGGGCGCAGGGGAUGCAAGCGGUCAUCGAGGCCAACCUGGCCGUGGCAAAGGCGUCUUACCGCUUGCAUCGCAAACGGUUCGAAGUGCUAGCGAGUAUGCUGCCACCGGAGGACCGUGAUAAGUAUAUUCCACCUGACUGGGAGUCGCGAUUCCGGGUCUUGGAGGAUCACGAUUGCGUCUCACUCGGCUCAAAAAUACUGGUGCAGAUCGAGAAGGCGGACACGGCGCGUGCGCGGAGCAUCAUCACCGCUAAGAAAGGCGGAAACUCGAGCGGUACGACCCACCAUAAAGUAUCGUGGCUCUGGUACACGCCGCUGGAUGCUGCGUUGGAUCUGAAUGAUGAUAUGCGUGUGGAGUUUUUGCGCUGCAGGGCGAGGGCCAUGAGAUGGGUGGAAGAGGUGUAUCACCUCUGUUAUGAAAUGGUGCGCACGCCGCUUUUUGCUAUGCGAAAGGCAGAGUGGUGGGCUCGGAAGGCGAUACUCCCGAUGCCAGGAAUGGACAAGGCGACCCAGGACGGGACGCGCGCGUACGCGAGGAAGCAGAGCGCCAUGUUUCGGCGCCAAUCCGAGGCUUUGACUGCCCGAUUCGAGCAGCCGUUGCGGGAUGCCGCGUCGUUCUUGGACUUACACGGGAUCGACGGAUUGUUGAAGAAGAACAAAUAG